AUGCUGAUGAAGAACAUUGCUUACAGCAUGAUUAUCAUUCGUCUUCUUUUGAAAGCCAAGGCUGAAGAAGUGGAAUGUAAUGAUGAUGAAUGGAUGAAAACUCCUCCAAGCAUAAUUAUUGAAGGAGUUGAUUCGGACUUUCCAAAGAUUGAUGAUAGCACGCCUGUUGAUAUUCAAACAGAAAUCAAAACAGUUAUCAAAGAAGUGAUUGUGGAGGUUGACGGGCACAAUGAAAGUGCUCAUAAAAUCCAGAAUGUGGAUAAUCAUACAGAAAUUGCAUAUACAGACAAUCCUGAAGUAAAAACCAUUACACACACACUUAAUGCGCCUGCCAAAAUGCCUGAAUCUGUUAUAGGUCCUAUUCCAUUGGGAAGCUCUACUAAGAUUGCAGAUGCUUCUGCAUCAGGUACUUCAUCACAACACAGAAAAUGUUAUUUCGCUACUAAAGACGUCCAUGAUGGCAACACUGCACAGAUUGAAUCAGUUCUAACGGGUUUUGGCGCAAAUAUCGUGCAUAAAUACACUAUAAAUACAACCGGAGUAUCUUUUUGUUCAGACAGCCCGCGUAUCCUGUCAAAACUAAAGAAUGCAGGCAUUAAUGCCGAAGAAGACAAAUUCUACACAGUGUCCUCUAUACAAAGCACAAUACCAAACUACAUGUAUCUCAUGAAGCACUAUGAAAAUUAUGUGUUAAACAAUUAUGUCUAUGAUAGCCUACUUUUCAGGCUCUUACAGAUAAAAAGAAUUAUAACAACAUUCUUUGGGCUCUAUGAAUACCACUACACAGGAAAGGGAGUUGAAAUUUUAUUGCUAGACACGACUGUUAAUGCUAGGCCUGGAAACCUCAAUAAUAUCAGUAAAUCAAUGAAUGCAUGCAAUCGCCAUGGAGAUAUAAUGGCCGAACUCAUUAUCGGUGCAACAAAUGGAUUUGCUAAAGACAGCCGUUUGAGUGUUAUUGAUGUUGUUGGAUGUGAUGGACGUGUGUCUCUCUCAAACAUUCUUCGUGGACUUGAGUAUGUACCUAAAGGGAUUCGUUCACAAAUGCUGGUGUUUGGCAUUUCAGGGCCACAUUCAAACACUCUCAAUGCUGCUGUGGACAGGAUAUCUGCAUCAGGCACUAUAGUUGUGGUGCCUGCUGGAAACAUGCAUGAUCAAUCAUGCAACUAUUCUCCAGGAAGCUCGAAGUCUGUAAUAACUGUUGGCUCAGUAGAUAAGCAUGCGAGUGUUUCAUUGUUUUCGAACCAUGGGAGCUGUGUAAGAAUGUAUGCAAUUGGUGAGCAACUAUUCGAUGACGUCGAAGUUUCUGGCACAAGCAUGUCUGCUGCAAUUGUUGCUGGAGCAAUUGCUUUAUUUCUAGAAAAGCGUCCGGGAUCUGCGUUCCAACAGGUGUGGAAGUAUCUUAAUCAGAAUUCGUUUUGGAACUCAGAAGGAUCGUAUAAUGUAUUGAAGAUUCCCCGUCUUGAGGCUGAAGAUUAUUAUCAAUCAUCUUUUUUUCACUUCACUGAGAUUCAGGAAGAGAUUAUCAUGCUUGUGGUUUUUUCAGGUGCAAUCCUUGCAUUAAUAUAUUUGAUUCUGCAGGGAUGGAGGUACUUCAUAAGAAAGAAGAGAUCAAAUGAAGACGAUAUAUUCUUUGAAAACCAGUAA